GGAAGCUGGUUGUGGCUUUGACGUGAUAUCAAUAAUAAAAAAAAACUCACUCAAAGGUCUCUCCUACAAUUCAAGCCUCAAGACAACUUGGGAGAUUCCUAUGAUGUGCUAAGCAUGCAUGAUCAAAUUCAAGCCAUGGGAAGGGGCAUUGUUUUGGAAGAAAGUCUUAUGGAGCCUGGUAAGCGCACCAGAUUAUGGUCUUAUGAUGAUAUAUUGGAAGUAUUAGAAGAACAUAAGGGAACUCAAAUAAUUGAAGGCAUCCUCCUGCCCUCAUAUCAACAUGGUGUACAUCCUCUCAAUUUUCGGAGUUUAUGUCUACAUAGGGAAGAUUUUGCAAUGAUGUCCAAGCUAAGAUUCCUGCAAAUUGAUGGAGCGAACUACUACGAAAUAGACAUUCUAUGUCUUCCUUCUAAUAUAAGAUGGUUCAGCUGGAGGCAAUGCCCUUUGGAAAUUCUACCUAACAAUUUUUAUCACAAGAAACUAGUUCAUAUGGACCUAUCAUACAGCAAGAUUAGACAAGCUUGGACAAACAAGCCCCAAAAUGAAAUUCAUCGGUUCCAAAAAUUGAAAGUUCUUCGUCUUGGGGAAUGUGUUCGUCUAUAUGAAUCCCCCAACUUUUCAUGGUUUCCUUACUUAGAGACACUGGAUCUUGGAAGAUGUUCUAGAAUGGUUAAUUUACACAAAUCCAUUGGUGAUCUAAAGUCCAUGGUUACGCUUUCCUUGGGUAGGACAAAAAUCGAAAGACUCCCAAACUGUAUUUGCAGGCUGAGUUCUCUCAAACAUCUGAGUCUCGAUGAUUGCUCAUCACUCAAAAGCUUGCCUGAGUCAAUUGGUGAUCUAAAGUCUUUGGUGAAUAUUUCCUUGAGUGAGGCAAAAAUGGAAAAACUCCCAAACAGUAUUUGCAAGCUGAGUUCUCUCAAACAUCUGAGUCUCAAUGAUUGCUCAUCACUCAACAGCUUGCCUGAGUCAAUCGGUGAUCUAAAGUCUUUGGUGAAGCUUUCCUUGAGUGAGGCAUAAAUGGAAGAACUCCCAAACAGUAUUUGCAGGCUGAGUUCUUUCAA